ACGGAGCAGGAGAGAAGUGUCAGUGGAUGGAAAAUUACUAAGAGGUAGCAUCAGGAGUAAUGGCAUUCCGGCUAACCGACCUAACAGGAUUCUUGCUGGACAGGCCAGGGUGAUCAGACAUCACCUGGGGGAUAGUGGUGGAUGAGGAAGCCGAUCAGACCUUGAGGGUGAGGGGUUCUUUCUAAACUGACCUACCUACUCCUCGCCCGCCUCCCACACCUCCGGGCCUCACUCGCGCCUCCCCGCCAGGCCGUGCGCCCCGCGUGCCCAGGGCGGGUGGGAAGUACCUGCCGCCAUCUUGCUCACCAGCCUCCAAAAUGCGGCUGGGGCUCCUGAGCGUGGCGCUGUUGUUUGUGGGGAGCUCUCACUCAUACUCAGACCACUACUCGCCCUCUGGAAGGCACAGGCUCGGCCCCUCGCCGGAACCGGCGGCUAGUUCCCAGCAGGCUGAGGCCGUCCGCAAGAGGCUCGGGCGGCGGAGGGAGGGAGGGGCGCAUGCAAAGGAUUGUGGAACAGCACCGCUUAAGGAUGUGUUGCAAGGGUCUCGGAUUAUAGGGGGCACCGAAGCACAAGCUGGCGCAUGGCCGUGGGUGGUGAGCCUGCAGAUUAAAUAUGGCCGUGUUCUUGUUCAUGUAUGUGGGGGAGCCCUAGUGAGAGAAAGGUGGGUCCUCACAGCUGCCCACUGCACUAAAGACGCUAGCGAUCCUUUAAUGUGGACAGCUGUGAUUGGAACUAAUAAUAUACAUGGACACUAUCCUCAUACCAAGAAGAUAAAAAUUAAAGCAAUCAUUAUUCAUCCAAACUUCAUUUUGGAAUCUUAUGUAAAUGAUAUUGCACUUUUUCACUUAAAAAAAGCAGUGAGGUAUAAUGACUAUAUUCAGCCUAUUUGCCUACCUUUUGAUGUUUUCCAAAUCCUGGACGGAAACACAAAGUGUUUUAUAAGUGGCUGGGGAAGAACAAAAGAAGAAGGUAAUGCUACAAAUAUUUUACAAGACGCAGAAGUGCAUUAUAUUUCUCGAGAGAUGUGUAAUUCUGAGAGGAGUUAUGGGGGAAUAAUUCCCAACACUUCAUUUUGUGCAGGUGAUGAAGAUGGAGCUUUUGAUACUUGCAGGGGUGACAGUGGGGGACCAUUAAUGUGCUACUUACCAGAAUAUAAAAGAUUUUUUGUAAUGGGAAUUACCAGUUACGGACAUGGCUGUGGCCGAAGAGGUUUUCCUGGUGUCUAUAUUGGGCCAUCCUUCUACCAAAAGUGGCUGACAGAGCAUUUCUUUCAUGCAAGCACUCAAGGCAUACUUACUAUAAAUAUUUUACGUGGCCAGAUCCUCAUAGCUUUAUGUUUUAUCAUCUUACUAGCAACAACAUAAAGAAAUUCUGAAGGCUUUCAUAUCUUUA